UGAUCUAGAAGUUUUCUUUUUCUUUUUCUUUUUUUGAAAAAAAGAUACAUCAAAAGAUUUCAUGCAUAAUAUAUAAACACAAACCCUUGAAAAUAAUCAAGAAACUAAACUAGGGUGGAUUCCAGGCAUGCAUGGAAAGAGGCCUCUUCCUAGUUCUGAUGAGGCAAAGGAAGAUCAAAUCUCCUAUACUCAGAAACCGUUCUUUCAAAAUCAAGGCCAAUAUGUUCUUGCCCAGCAUGUAAUGGCCAAUGAACAUGAUGAACUCAUGCAAGCAAAUCUGGAGUCUGCUAGGAUCAAGCAUUUCACUUCUCAAAAUGCUGAUCAAGGGGAAAUCAUGAGAAGAAGACAUUAUAGAGGAGUGAGACAAAGACCAUGGGGAAAGUGGGCAGCCGAAAUACGUGACCCAAAGAAGGCUGCUCGCGUCUGGCUUGGAACGUUUGACACAGCAGAAGCUGCAGCAACUGCCUAUGAUGAAGCAGCUCUUAAGUUCAAAGGCACAAAAGCUAAGCUCAAUUUCCCAGAACGUCGUCUUCAAGGAGGUUCUGAUAAUAAUUUCUGCACGAGCUUCUCUGCAUCAGCUAAUUACCAGAAUCCACCACUUCUUGUUUCUAAUAACAAUAGCACUGUUGAUUCUUCUAUGAAUGAUCCUCCACCUCCUCCAUUGAUGACACAUGAAGCUUUCCCAGACCUUUUCCACUAUGCACACCUGCUUUCUUGCAAUGAAGAUGGCUAUCUUGAAUAUGCUGCACCUUCAGGUCUUUAUCAUAACUAUAAUCAAGAGCCAUUUCUUUGUCCUUCUUUAUCGUCAGCUUCUUUAGCAGUACCCCAUCAACAACAGACAGAGGAUGAAGAUUUUUCGAGUUUUUCUCCGCAGAUGGCUGCUACUGAUCAGCAUUUUCUUGAUCAGAAGGAGGAGUUUGAUAAUGCUACUCCGAGGGAAUAAACUAUAUCAUAGGUCUCCUUUCUACAAAAAUCUGCAAUUCUUGACAAUUUUCAAAAUGUAUGCAGUUUUUUAAUUAUAUUUUCAUA